AUGUGGAGAGAGGCUUCAUGUGAGAAGAGUUUUAACACACAGGAAUCUCUCAAAAAACACCAGCGCAUUCACACUGGAGAGAAAUCGCAUAAGUGCUCAGAAUGUGGAAAAAGUUUUAUUCAACAGACUAAUCUCAAAAGACACCAGCGCAUUCACACUGGAGAGAAACCAUAUCAGUGUUCACACUGUGGAAAAAGAUUUAUUCAACAGAUUAAUCUCAAAACACACCAGCACAUUCACACUGGAGAGAAACCGUAUCAGUGCUCACAGUGUGGAAAGAGUUUUAAUAGACAGAGUGAUCUCAAAACACACCAGCGCAUUCACACUGGAAAUAAACCGUAUCAGUGCUCACAGUGUGGGAAGAGUUUUAAUCAACAGAGUUCUCUCAAAAGACACCAGCGCAUUCACACUGGAGAGAAACCGUUUCAGUGCUCACAGUGUGGGAAGAGUUUUAAUGCAAAGAGUGAGCUUAAAAUACACUUGCGCAUUCAUAGUGGAGAGAAACCAUAUCAGUGCUCACAGUGUGGGAAGAGUUUUAAUACACAGAGUAAUCUCAAAAUACACCAGCGCAUUCACAUUGGAGAGAAACCGUAUCAGUGCUCACAAUGUGGAAAAAGUUUUAUUCAACAGAGUCAUCUCAAAAAACACCAGCACAUUCACACUGGAGAGAAACCGUAUCAGUGCUCACAGUGUGGAAAUAGUUUUAAUGAACAGAGUGAUCUCAAAACACACCAGCGCAUUCACACUGGAGAUAAACCGUAUCAGUGCUCACAGUGUGGGAAGAGUUUUAAUCAACAGAGUUCUCUCAAAAGACACCAGCGCAUUCACACUGGAGAGAAACCGUUUCAGUGCUCACAGUGUGGGAAGAGUUUUAAUGCAAAGAGUGAGCUUAAAAUACACUUGCGCAUUCAUAGUGGAGAGAAACCAUAUCAGUGCUCACAGUGUGGGAAGAGUUUUAAUACACAGAGUAAUCUCAAAAAACACCAGCGCAUUCACACUGGAAAGAAACCAUAUCAGUGCUUACAGUGUGGAAAGAGUUUUAAUCAACAGGGUAAUCUCAAAAAACACCAGCGCAUUCACACUGGAGAGAAACCAUAUCAGUGCUCUCAAUGUGGAAAGAGUUUUAAUCAACAGAGUGCUUUCAGAAGACACCAGCACAUUCACACUGGAGAGAAACCGUGUGGAAUCAGAUACUAA